UUUAGUUCUUCUCUUACAAAAAAAAAAGUUCUUUUUUUUUAUUUUCCCAUUACAUUAUACUUGCAAAAUUCAUCAAACAUAUCAUCAAAAAACAAGAAUUCCCACGCGCACACAUAUGUGUGAACCUCAAACGCUCCUUGAAGCCAUAAUUACCGGCCGCGUGAGAGAUUACGAGGAAGAGAGAGCGUGAAGAUGUGAGACUCUAAGGGCGUGUUUGGUAUGGAGGAAGAAAGAAAAAUAGAAGUAGAAAAUUUACAGAAAAAGAAUUUGCUAUUUCUGAUCAGACACAAAAACGAAAAAAGAGUCUCGAUUCACAGAGAGAGAGAGAGAGAGAGAGAGAGAAAGGGGAGAGAUCAGAGACUGUGUGUUGAAGGUGGGUCUUCGUGUUUUUUCUGAUUCAGAACAGUGAUUUUGGGGGGAGAGAAAGAUAGCUGCGGAGAAGAAUUGAAAUGCGAAGCAAUUUGAAUGGAAGAAGAAGCUACAUGGGUUCGUAUAUGAACAAGUAAGAGUUGAAAAGCAUUUGGGGUUUCUCUCUACUUUCUGAAUCUGAAUUUCGAAUUAGUUUUGGUGAGCCUUCGUUGGCUUCUGUAUAUUUUUUCUAAUUUCACUCUCUUUUCGAGCUUAAAAAUCUCUUCUUUAAUCCUAAUUUCGUGUGGGGAUAUAUUUGAACUUGAAGUGGGAAGCUUGAAGCUUUACUUUUUUGGCAACGGGUGGGAUUUUCUGUCUGUUUUAGGUUUUGCCCUGUAAUUUACAAGGCAAUUUGAACUUAUUGAAUUGGGGAUUGAGGGUUUUCUUGAGCUGCGAAUUUGAUUGGUUUAAACGUUGGACUGAGAAAGAAUUUGAAAAUUUUCGAUUUUUGGAGGGAGAGUUAGUUGAGAAUUAUGGAUCUCUAGCUGGGGUCUUAACCCCUCCAAUAGUUAUACUGUUUCAAGUUGGAAUUUUGGACAUGGGUUUUGAUUCAGCAUUGCCUGAAUUGCCGUUGGAAGAGUAUAAUCUUGUUUCCACUAUGGGUUUUUGGAAUUGGGGAAAACCCUAAUUUAGUGGGGGACUUGGAUUACUGACUUCUUGUGUUACUUGAAAACAGUGGAAACUUUGUACUCUUUGUUUGUUGUGUAUAGACUUUAUGUGUUGACAGAGAUGCAACCGCCACAUCAGCAUUCGCGAAUCAAUCUUGCUGAACUGAAAGCUCAGAUAGUGAGGAAACUUGGACCUGAGAGGUCUAAACAGUACUUUUAUUACUUAAAUAGGUUAUUGAGUUUGAAAAUAAGCAAGGUUGAGUUCAAUAAGCUUUGUCUUAGGAUAUUGGGUAGAGAGAACAUUACACUGCAUAAUCAGUUCAUUCGUUCCAUUUUGAGAAAUGCGUGCAGCGCAAAAGUUCCACCACCAACUCAUGAGACUGAUGUUUUGAAGCCUGGUGCAGCAGUUGGCAGUAAUGAUCCCCCAAGUGAUGCUAUUGAGCAAAAUGGAUCGCAUGUUUCCUCAAGCCAGGCUUCAAGUCAACCAGGUUUGUCUAAUGGGGAUAUUCUCCCAUUAUCUCCUCGAAAGGUCAGAACAGGCUAUCGUGAUCGUAGGACUGGGGAUCGCCGUAGUGCACUUGGUCAAAAUGGGAAGACCAAUUUCACUUUUCAACAACCGACAGCGACCGAAUCAAGUUUUGAUGUUAUGGAAAAUGGGGAUAUUAAUCCCCCUGAUUCACGGAGGGCUGUGCAGCAUUAUCAAGGAUUCUUGCAGCAGACUGAUGAUGAAAGGGAGGCAUCUGGUGAAGAAACUGCUAGAUUUUCUGUAAUAAAGGGCUCACAGGAAGGUCCAGUUUCAGUAUAUAACAAAGACCAUGUUAGAGAUGACGGGAAAGAGAUGCAUGCAAGGAGUCAGCUCCAAGCUCCCCUUGGGGUUCCAUUUUGCCCUGUUAGUGUUGGUGGAGCACGUAAAGCAUUGCCUUUGGCAACAAAUAGUAAAUGUGUUACCUCUUCUAGUUGUGGUGCUUUGUUGGAUAGUGUAUCACUGAGGGAACUCAUGGAGCAGAUUGCUGCAGAACAAGGCCUUGAAGGAGUGGCCAUCGGUUGUGCCAACUUGUUGAACAAUGGAUUAGAUUCUUACUUAAGAGGUUUAAUUCGAUCUUGUGUUCAACUUGCGGGGGCAAGGUCAGGGCACGAGCCUAUAAGAAACAACACCAAAAAGCAGCAGACCCAUAUGAAGCUCAUCAAUGGCCUCAGACCUGGUCUUCAUUCUCAGAUAAGUCGUGGUAGACCUUCAGAAGUCAUGCAAGAACAUGCUUCCAAUAACUUGAUAUCGCUGCAAGAUUUUAGGGUUGCCAUGGAGCUGAAUUCCCGGCAACUUGGCGAAGACUGGCCAUUGCUUCUGGAAAAAAUAUGUGCACGCGCUUUUGAAGAAUAAGCCAUAUGUGAACUUUGUUAUCUUCCAGUUGAAUUUGUGGUCCCUACUGGAUCUAAGGGCACCGUUCCUGUUCCUCUCAGGGUUUCUGCGCAGCUGCAAUAUUACAGCUUUUUUGGCCCUUUUGAACCAGUCAACAACUCUUUGGUAAAUGUUGUCUCUUGAAGAUGAUAGGCAUGGAGCCCAGAUCUUUGUCUCACCUGCUACCGGGCUCAACUUUGGCUGGAAACACUCCAUUUCUUAGCAACCACUGAAAGGGACUUGAAGAAAGGAACACCCACGUCGGUUGUGCUGUUGUAUGAUUAGCAUAAUUCUUUUUGGAUAUUUUCUGCAUUCUCCCUGCUGUAAUUUAAAGUAAAGAGCAAAUUUUGCAGGAAUAAUUGUGUAGCCUAGGAUUUCAGUAGAAAGGUGAAACUAGAUAAUGCAAGAAUUGCUGUGUAUCUUCAACAUCAAGAUUGAUUGAACUUCAAUAUUAACAACACGUUUUCACCAACAGUUGAGCUGGUCUAAAAGAUGAGUUCAAAUCCUUUACAUAAAAAAGGAAAAGAAAGAAAUGAGCUCAGUUCCCAUCCUGAGCUGGAAGAUUCAGUGACCCCAUUCAAAAGAAAUGUGGCAGUGGUGGACAGGUGGAGUACCUAGAAUGGAAAGAAGAACAACAUAUAGGUAAAGUAAGUUGUUCUGAAGAUGAAGUAAAAGUUGGAAAUAGAGCAGAAGAUUGCUGACGAUUUUGCUUCCUAAGACAAACUUUACCUACCAGAAAACAGAAAAAGGAGCUGGAUAUUUGAAGUUUCACCAAUUUGCUUGCUAAUGAUCAUCCACUAUUGCUGUUGUGUCUUUUGUGCCUUUCCAAGCUAUGGAUUUUUCUGUCAAAUUCCAUUCCAUUUUGCAAUAAUUGAUUCAAGUACUAAUCAUAGUCUUAAAUAUCUUAUGCUCCUUUUCUGUAACAGAUUUGCAGUCACCUGGUAAUUCUAGAAGAAAUUUGAUUUGGGGUAGCUAGUGGUAGAGCUGUUCCAACAUGCCAAUAGGAGACUGCUGAUCAUGGCAAAUUUCCAUUUGAUUCUUUUCAUAUUUAAGAGUAAUUGCCUGAGUUGGUCAGUGACUCCACAGUCUGAUAAAAGGUGACUCUUUUUCUCUGGUUCCUUCCCACACAAAUAACAUCUUGAACCUAGCUUAAUCCUCUUCUUCAAAUUAUCUCGAGUCAGGUAGGCUUCUUUGACAACAAGCCAAACAAAGCCACUGUUUAAUGAAUUUUCAGUCUCCAUAUGUGUUUCAAAAUCCAAGAAUCAACUUGUUCUCCUAUACGAUUUCAUGAAGCGAGAUAAAGCUUACAUCUCACAGUCUCGGAAAUGCACCACAUAAUGCUUGCACAUUCCAGUACAUUUUUAUGUACCCAUAAUGAUGUUUCUAUAUCAGAAUUCUGAAUCUGAGUCAGCAAUGGGUCUAAAUGACAGAGGUCAUCCUCUUCAAGAUCAACUAUCUGUUUCUCCAAUUCAUUUGAGUUAUGGAUAGGAAUAAUAUCAUCACUGUUGAUAACAGUCAUCGCAACUUCCUCAUCUUCUUGCAUGACCAAGACCACCUGUAGUUGAUUAGGGCUGCUGUGGAGAGCAUGCUCAUCAGCGACCUCAUCCACAUUUAUAGUGUGUAGAAAUUGUCGAUGCUCCGAUAAAACGAUGGCUUCAAUUUCCAUCAUUACUGGAUCGUGUCGGUCAACAAAUUUGACCAAAUCAUGCCUUAAUUGUUCAUUCAAAGCAGCUGGGAAAUCCAGACCCAUAUAAUUUUUACGUGGAUGUGAUAAGUUAUGUAGCAUCGAGUAGGUGCAGAUGCAGAAUUACUCUUUACCAGAGUACGCUGGCUAUAUUCCAGGCUGAGUCAAGUUGGAUCAGAUUUCUAUGGGUUUAACUAACUGGGAACACCUAAAAUCUUAGCGAGUAUCUGUGGACACCUACAGUUUUAUGUUUUACGUGACACUCCAUUUUCAAAUCGAAAUUAACCUCUAUAUUCAGUCAUUUAACAUGUACAGCAAUAUCCAUUUGGUAUUUCUCUUCAGUUCUGAUUCCAUGUAAUAGUAGAUUACAACAAUCAUUGAAGAAUCUGUUCUUGCUCCUAGGUGGGUUCAUGUGCUUUUUCUCAGGUGUAAAUUUAUUAGGCAAUCCACUAUAUAUAUUUGACCGUGAA